AGAAGAAGAAGUAAAAAAAAAAAAAAAAAAAAAAAAAAAACUCUUCUUCUUCGGCUGCGUCCACGUUUUGACGUUUCCUGUUCCUCACAAGACUUCGCUUGACUUUUCUGGAGUUUGACACACAAGGUCCUACACCAUGUCCAUCCGCAAGAUCCAUGCCCGGCAGAUCUUUGAUUCCCGUGGAAACCCCACCGUAGAGGUUGACCUUUACACUGACAAAGGUCUGUUCAGGGCAGCCGUACCGAGUGGGGCAUCCACUGGGAUCUACGAAGCCUUGGAGCUCAGGGAUAAUGACAAGUCACGAUACCUUGGAAAAGGAGUCUCAAAGGCUGUAGAUCACAUCAAUUCGACUAUUGCACCUGCCCUUAUUGGCCAGAAUGUGGUUGAGCAAGAGAAAAUUGACCAGAUGAUGCUUGACUUGGAUGGAACAGAGAACAAGUCCAAAUUUGGAGCAAACGCCAUUCUGGGUGUUUCACUGGCUGUUUGCAAAGCUGGUGCAGCAGAGCAAGAAGUCCCCCUGUAUCGUCACAUUGCAGACCUUGCAGGAAACGCAGAGGUCAUCCUGCCUGUGCCGGCCUUCAAUGUGAUCAACGGUGGCUCUCAUGCAGGUAACAAACUUGCCAUGCAGGAGUUCAUGAUCCUUCCCAUCGGUGCCAGCACCUUCAAAGAUGCCAUGCGCAUUGGAGCUGAGGUCUACCAUAAUCUGAAGAGUGUCAUCAAGAAGAAGUAUGGCCAAGAUGCCACCAAUGUUGGUGAUGAAGGUGGCUUUGCUCCAAACAUCCUAGAGAAUAAGGAAGCUCUGGAGCUGCUGAAGGAGGCCAUUUCCAACGCCGGGUACACAGACGAGAUUGUGAUUGGCAUGGAUGUGGCGGCCUCUGAGUUCUACAGGAAUGGAAAAUAUGAUCUGGAUUUCAAGUCCCCUGAUGACCCAAGCCGUUACAUCUCACCUGACGAGCUGGCUGAUCUCUACAAGAGCUUUGUCAACGAUUAUCCAGUGGUGUCCAUUGAGGAUCCAUUUGACCAGGAUGACUGGGACGCCUGGUCCAACUUCACUGGCAGCACAGCCAUUCAGGUGGUUGGAGAUGAUCUUACAGUGACCAAUCCCAAGCGCAUCACCAAGGCUGUGGAGCAGAAGGCCUGCAACUGCCUCCUGCUGAAAGUGAAUCAGAUUGGCACUGUCACUGAGUCUAUGCAAGCGUGUAAGAUGGCCCAGGACAGUGGCUGGGGUGUGAUGGUCAGCCAUCGCUCUGGAGAGACAGAGGACACCUUCAUAGCUGAUUUGGUGGUUGGCUUAUGCACUGGACAGAUCAAGACUGGUGCACCCUGUCGCUCAGAGCGUUUGGCCAAGUACAACCAGAUUCUUAGAAUUGAAGAGGAGUUGGGAGCCAAGGCUCGUUUUGCUGGGAAAAACUUCAGAAAUCCAUUGAUGGCGUAAAUGAGUCAAUGAGUGACUGUGCAUACAAACACAAUCAUAUAUUCACAUUCACACCAACACAGUGAACAAGAAUGGAAAACUUUCAAGAUAUACAGGGAAUAACGGUUUCUGUAGAACUAGUCCAGCCUAACCACAGUAAUGGUUAUAUGGUAAUCUGUAGGAGGUAGCUGCUGGAAAUCUGACACUUGACUAUCAAAUCUAACUGUGUUCUGUUUUGUUUUAAUGUGGAGUAAUUUAUAGACCUAAUCAUACUCUAUGUGAUACCAAUGUACUAUACAAACUGUGAUAAUAAAAACUGGACAUAGAAACAAAGUGAAUAAACAAAUUUAGUGACUUAA